GAUUCUGGCUCCAAGUCCAGUGCUCUUCGGUCCGCUGAGUCACAUCCCUUUUCUAUUCCAGGACCCCAGACAUCUCCGGGGGACACGGAUAGCAAAAACUGACAUCAUAAAACCUCCUAGGUCAAAAAGGGCAGCCCUGCAAAACAGACCCUAUUUGGAUCAAAUGAGCCAGUUCCUUGAACCUGAAUAAUGACUCCUGAAUCAAGGAAUACUGCAGAUUUGUCUCCCCAGGCUACCCAGGAGAUGGAAGACAUAGUGAUAGCAAAGGUGGAGGAGGAAGAUGAAAAUGAGGAAGACCAUUUUCAAAGGGAAAAAAACAACAUAGAGUCAUUGCCACAAUUUCUUAGUCGUUCUACAACUAUGAAUGAGAGAGCCUUAUUGUCAUCAUAUUUAGUUGCAUAUCGAGUGGCAAAAGAGAAAAUGGCUCACACAGCUGCUGAAAAAAUUAUUCUUCCAGCAUGUAUGGAUAUGGUACGUACAAUUUUUGAUGAUAAAUCAGCUGACAAACUAAGAACUAUACCUCUUAGUGAUAAUACAAUUUCUCGUCGAAUCUGUACUAUAGCAAAACAUUUAGAAGCAGUGCUUAUUACACGGCUACAGUCUGGUAUAGACUUUGCAAUCCAACUUGAUGAGAGCACUGAUAUUGCAAGUUGUGCAGCACUCUUGGUUUAUGUCAGAUAUGUGUGGCAAGAUGAUUUUGUAGAGGAUCUCUUAUGUUGUUUAGAUUUAAAUUCACAUAUAACUGGAUUGGAUUUAUUUAGUGAAUUAGAAAAGUGCAUUGUUGGCCAAUAUAAAUUAAACUGGAAAAAUUGUAAAGGAGUUUCAAGUGAUGGAGCAGCAAAUAUGACUGGAAAACAUAGCAAAGUUAUUGAAAAAUUGUUAGAAGCAACCCAUAACAAUGCCCUUUGGAAUCACUGUUUUAUUCAUCAGGAAGCUUUGGUAUCCAAAGAAAUUCCACCAAAUCUAAUGGAGGUAUUGAAAAAAGCAGUGAAAAUUGUUAAUUAUAUUAAAGGAUGCUCACUGAACAGCAGACUUCUUGAAAUAUUUUGUUCAGAGAUUGGAGUUAAUCAUACCCACUUACUCUUUCAUACAGAAGUUCGUUGGUUGUCUCAAGGAAAAAUAUUGAGCCGAGUAUAUGAACUCAGGAAUGAGAUUUACACUUUUCUCAUUGAAAAGCAAUCUCAUUUGGCAAAUAUUUUUGAAGAUGACAUAUGGGUAACAAAAUUGGCAUAUUUAAGUGAUAUCUUUGGCAUUCUUAGUGAAUUAAAUUUAAAACUACAGGGGAAAAACAAUGAUAUAUUUCAACAUUUUGAGCAUAUUCUAGGAUUUCAGAAGACAUUAUCAUUGUGGCAAGCCAGACUUAAAAGUAAUCGCCCCAGCUACUAUAUGUUCCCAACAUUGUUGCAACACAUUGAAGAGAACAUUAUUAAUGAAGACUGCUUAAAAAAAAUAAAAUUAGAGAUAUUGUUCCAUCUUACUUCUUUGUCUCAAACCUUUGAAUAUUACUUUCCAAAAGAGAAAUUUGAAUCAUUAAAGGAAAAUAUUUGGAUGAAAGACCCGUUUUCUUUUCAAAACCCAGAAUCAAUAAUUCAGUUAAACUUGGUGCCUGAAGAAGAGAUUGAAUUAUUGCAGCUCAGUUCAUCAUUCACACUGAGGAAUUAUUAUAAGACAUUGAGUUUAUCAGCAUUUUGGGUUAAGAUUAAAGAUGAAUUUCCAUUGCUAAGUAGAAAGAGUAUAUUGCUAUUAUUACCAUUCACAACUACCUGUUUGUGUGAGCUAGGUUUUUCAAUCUUGACACGAUUAAAAACAAAGAAAAGAAAUAGGCUCAAUAGUGCCCCAGACAUGCGGGUAGCAUUAUCUUCAUGCGUUCCUGACUGGAAGGAACUUAUGAACAGGCAAGCACACCCAUCACAUUAAAUAAAAUAUUUAUGAAAUUUUGUGCUUUUGAAAGGAUUUUUUUGGUAUGUUAUAUUUAAAUGUUAAUAAAAUUAUAUUUGGAAUUAA